GGCGGACAUGACUCUAUGUUUGUGGUUUAACGAACAGCGUUGGGCUCAUAACUCUCUGUGGUAUUUUGAUCAACUUCCUCUCAACCACUGCACUUUAUUAUCUCUGUGUUUUUGUUUUUCAUUUUUAAACAUCUGCCUCUAAUGUCUAACAGAGAGUCCUCUGGUUUAUUGACCCUCUUCACCAUGUGGUCAUGGGAAAUAAUCCUCUGGUUAACGUCUCCAGAAGAAGAAGGGUCCAUCUCCAGCCCGUUGACACCAUGUCUAAUAUUAUUGUUUCGUUUGUAAGAAUCUGUAGAAUUGUUUUUUGUCAGCGUCUUCAUUUCCCCUUUCCCCAGAGCUUCUGUAAACUGUAGAAACUAGACUCAGUUCUUCUAUGAAUUUACUUCCACCUGUAUUCGUCGGUUUCGAUGUAUGAAAUUGUCUCUUUACACAUAAUUUAUUUUUCUUCUUGAGGAUUUUUUCUCACCGUUGUUCCUUUCAGAGGUUUAUUUUGGUUUCAUGUUUUCAGGUUUCACUAAAUAUCUGUUGACUGGAACAAAUUCAGCUGUUUCCCAUUUCCUCUACUUCUAUUUUUAUGAGGAGACUCAUCUGAAAAUAGACAUGAAUAUAGACAGGUGUGUGUGUGUGUUUGUGUGUGUGUGUGUGUGUCUGUGUGUGUCUAUGUCUGAUUGUUGCAAGUGAAAAACAUAAGGAGGAAGAAAAAUAAUAAAGAAACAUGAAAACUCUGAGUCUAUCUUAAAUAAAUGUUUCUCACAAAUACAGAUAUUAACACACGAUAGUAAAAGUACAAAUGAGACCAACAUGGAGCGGAUGGAAUAAAUGUCUGUAUUUUGACAUGAUGGUUUAUUUCCGUGUCUGCAGCCUCACAAUGUCUCAUAACGCCUCCGUGCCGCUCCUCAACCUCAAGUCCUCUAAGGACGACCACAUGACAACGGUGGACAUCGACGCCAUCAUGGACAACGUCAGCAUCGUCCUCUACACACUGACUGUGGUGCUCGGCAUCACCGGGAACUCCGUGGUGAUCUGGGUGGCUGGAUUCAGGCUCAAGCGGAACGUCACAAACGUGUGGCUGGUGAAUCUGGCGAUGGCCGACCUGAUCUUCUGCUUCACACGCACCUUCUCCCUCAUCAAGAAGUUAUUCUAUGACCGAUGGCCCUUCGGCGUCUUCCUCUGCAAGUUCAACGGCUUUUUCAAAUACGCCAACAUGUUCUGCUCCGUCUUCCUGCUGGCAGUGAUCAGUCUGGACCGAGCGCUCUGCGUCUGGCUGCCCAUCUUCACCAAGAGACGGCGCACCCUGUGGGCCGCGAGGGUGGUGGCCGCCUGCGUCUGGGCGGCAUCGAUCGUCCUCAGCACUCCGUACUUCGUCUACCGACAGGUCUAUCUGGGGAAGAACAACCUGAGCAAGUGUUCUCUGGAGGUGAAGGAGGCGUCAGAGGGCAGCAGUAGCACCAAAGUGGCUCUUUACUCCAUCCGCUUCAUAUGUGGCUUCAUGCUGCCUUUCCUGGUCAUCCUCAUGUGCUACUUCCUCGCCGGCCUUGGCAUCCGCCGCACACGCCUGUCUGGGAAAAAGCGUCCUCUGCGUAUAUUAGCCUCAUUGGUGAUUGCGUUCUUCCUGUGCUGGGCUCCGUACCACUGCCUCCAGCUGGUGAAGAUGGUGGACAGUAAGAACAAGGUGGUGAAGGUAUGGCAUCCUGCAGCAAAGGGCAUCGCCUACUUCAACAGCUGCAUCAACCCGCUGCUGUACUUCUGCAUGGGGCUGGAUGUGAGGGGGCGGUUCAGGCAGAGUCUGUCGGGGGUGUACAGGAGAGCUUUGGCAGAAGACGUGGACGGCCAGAUGACCCAGUCCAACGACCGCUCCCUGGACGACAGUGGGACAUCGAGACUAACCUCUGCCGGGGUGACGGGGAGGAGUCAGGCAGCAGUGGGCGUAGCUAAAGUUUGAACCUCUCGCACUGAUCGGUCAGAUUUAAAGACCGAACACGUGACAUGUUUUAAAUCACUGUGAAGAGGAAGUGGAAAGUUCUUACGUUUCUGUUUAACGACAGUAAAUGUUUUUCAGAGUAAAACUGAAGGAAAUCUGACCAAAUUUAAAUGAGAAGGGAAUCGAACUUUUGGAAUCAGGACAUCGUCUGCGCCUGCAGCUGCGACACAACGACCGUGGCAACAAUUUAAACUUAUCGGGAAACAGUGACAGUUCAGGAAAUGUCCACUAGAGGAGCUGUUUUUCACCAUGAGCAGACUUAAAUUGUCGGAUGUUCAAACAUCCCAAAAUACGUCUUGAAAAAGGAUGGAGAGAAAAGAAAACAAGUUGUUGUGUAAUCCUGUUUGUAGUUCAUGAAAGGGGGAUGAAAACAUAUUCUCUUUGGCGGAGGUGACAAUGAAAACCAUCGAGAGAUUUUUCUAAUAAUAGAAAAUAACCAUAUAAUACAUCGAUGUGUCAUGUAUAGAUCGUGUUUAUAAAAAUAAUCUGUAUUCAUACCGACAGAUUGUGAAAGUUGUGAUGGAGCGUUUUUGAUAGUUCAGAUAUUUGUGUUCAAAUGUGGCAGGUAGAAAAUCAUAAAUAAAGAUACCUGAAAUAUCUACUUUACUUAACUUUACAGAAGUAUUGGUACUUCCUGCUCGACCUCUUCAGACAGCUGACCCUCACAGUGAUGCCACAUGUUCUUAUUCGUUCAGAUUUUCCUGUGAUUAAAAUGUUGGAUGAAAAGUGGAACUGAGUCUGGAGACAGAGACGGACGGUGAGGGGAAGUGAAACACAGUUGGAACUCUGAUCCCGACGCUCAAGGGUUCAUUUUAAUUUAUGUAUAUUUUCAUUUUCUGCCAUCGGGAGCGUUUCCUCGACUGCGUGUGUCACUGACUUCCAGCUGCGUCUUUACAGGACACGUAGAGUAGAAGCUUGAUUCUUAUUGACCGGCUCAUAAAACACACAAGUGCUCUGCAGGUGACUCACACAUCAGCAGGAGACGUGUCUGCACAGUGACGCUGGUUCAACUCACUGCUUCAGAUUGAUGGUGUUUCUCAGCCGCAGUCACAUGGUGAAUAUCAUGAAUUUAAACUUAUAAAUAAAAUAUGGAUUUUCUUUUUUUUUUCUAAUUCCUGUGAGUUUUAUUUUAUGUUGUAUCUCUUUGUAAAAAAACUGUUAUAAGAUUAUAAAGGAACUGCCGAAAAGAGACAUGUUG